CGUUAUGCAUCCCGGCUAAGAGCCUUCGACAUCUGAAGUGACCGAGAAAUAUAGCUUCACGCAAGUGAAGAACCACACGUUUGCUGCGUGAAGCGGUCGGACAUGAUGAAUGGUCCCAGCCUUCCUCGAGGUUUGUUGCGGUGAGGCGAUUGAGAUUGUCGAACUCGCGAUCGGUUGUGAAUAAUUCCAUUUGAUUGGAGACUAAAACGUAUGGAACUUGUACGGAACCGAAGCUGUGGCUUAGACCGUUGGUCGUGCUCCUAAUGAUUCCUGUAACCUCCCCUGGGCCCCUUCCUGCCGAAGCGUUAGCACUGCCAUUUAUGUCUGAUCAGCUUGAGAAGAUAGAAAAAUCCUCUGCUUCGACAAACCACAAGAAUCUACUCAAGGCUGCCAUCGUAGAUGCACCAUCCCUGCACGGCAGGCAGAAUAAUGCAUGGGCAGUAAACGACGCUAAACCAGAACACCUGGAUGACCUUGCAGAGUACUAUUACACCAGCAUACUUGUUCCUGUUCGGGCCGCCGGAGGGAAAACACCAGCUCCCAGAAGUCAUCCCUUUCGCAACGAAUUUGAUUCGACUGUGACAGCUGAGCCUGAGAAGUGUCUCAGUACCCUGAAGGCUUUGGUGCGCGAUGGGUCCAAAUGCGUCAUAACCGGGAAAGUGGAUGGGAAACAUGCGCCUGGAGACACAACCUGGAUGGACUUCGCAAGAACGGAAGCAGCGCAUAUCAUGCCCUUCAGUCUGAACGACUUCGAGGAGACCGACGUUCCCAUGAUGGCCAAGAAGACUGCAGUAUGGGCAGCCUUACAAACAUUUUCUGGUUGCCCGCUGGACGGUCUCAGGGGCGAUGGCAUCAACUCUAUGGAGAACGUGCUCACCCUUGAGGCCUACAUGCAUCAGAUGUUUGGCGAGCUUAUACUGGCCCUCGAACCCAUAGAGGCACAACCCAACGUGUACCGCAUUCUCACUUCUGGUUAUGCGAAGAAAUCUCGUGGUCUACCCGACUUCGUCACUUUAAGUGAUCAUUCCAAUUCUGGGAAGGCGUUGCCCAAUCCGGCCUACUUGUCACUUCAUGCUGCAAUAUGUAAGGUUCUUCACGCAUCUGGCCGCGCAGAGGAGUUGGACAGGAUCUUUGAGGAUCUGAACGAGGGUGAGACGUUUGCACUCUCGCAUGAUGGUAGCAUGGCAAAUUUACUCGAGAUAGCUCUGCUGAGGGCCGUUGCGGUACAUUGAAUCAUUCUUGCCCGAGUAGAAAUACAAUCUUGUCUCGUCGUGCCGUGUGAGCAUACACUGUAGCCAAAAACUAUCGCCCGUUGAGCUCAGAGAAAUAUGAUUGCCCACUUUGAUUCAGCCA